CUGCACUCCAUUUGGAGAAGAACUAUGAAUAGUGUGGUGUUGUUUACAAUCAAUGAAUCAACAAUGAUGAAAUGUUCAUCUCUCUUUAUUCUUUUACUACUCUAUUCCUUUGGAUCUUGCAAUGCAAAGUGCAGCCCUUCUGCCUGCGGUAUCAUUCCCAAUAUCAGCUCCCCUUUCCGCCUCAAAGGCGACUCCAAAAACUGCGGUGACAGCAGAUUUGAAUUACGCUGCGAAAACAAUGUGACCUCCAUCUCUCUCAACUCUCAUAAAUACUAUGUCAAAGCCAUCAACUACCAUAACUCCACCAUCAGGCUGGUUGAUGCUUCCCUAAACAAUGAUGACAUCUGCUCUUUCCCCACCUAUUCCGCAUAUCACUAUAACUUCACCUACGCAUAUGACUAUAACUUCCUCUCUUAUAAUCCACAUCCUCUUCCUUACCACAUUCCAGGAAAUGCUUAUAUAUAUGAUGUUAUACCCUACCCUAUUAAUUUUGUAAGCUGCCCUCAUCCCUUGAAGAAUUCUUCCCUCCUUACAGAUUGUGCAUCAAAUCCCAGAUACAGUUAUAUCAAGGUCGGCCACUUGAACGCCUCGGAAUUACCACAUUUGUGCGGAGUAGAGGUGAUAGUGAUGACAUCAUGGCAGGAAUUUAAGGAUUUGAACAACGUUUCGCUUUCAGAAAUCCACCAAUCGCUCAUGUAUGGAUUUGAGCUCACUGUGUGCCCCAGGUGUGGAACAUCCUCGGCAUUACCAAUGUGGGAGGGCAUUUUUUUUCCCUUUCGCCUAGGGCCCCCAGAAUGUCAGGGCCGGCCCUGCUUGUAUUCACCAUCUUUGGAUUCAUCGCUCUAACACUACUCGUAUAUCAUAUUUUCUCUCUAUUAUCCAGCAUUAUUUAUCUCCAACCCGGCCAAUUUCCCCCGCUGCUCGUUGUACCAGUCACCAUCGACUUCAUCAUCUUGGCACCAAGGGUCAUCGUGUUUCCUAUUGUGUUGUGGCUUUUGAUCUACAAAUUCCGAAGAAGACAUUUGUCCAUGUAUAACACAAUAGAGUCAUUCCUCCAAAGUGACAACAAACUCACAACAAUCAGGUACUCAUACUCAGAUAUAAAGAAAAUGACCAGAUAUUUUCAAGAAAAACUAGGUGAAGGUGGCUAUGGUUCGGUUUACAAAGGAAAGCUCCGAAGUGGGCAUGAUGUUGCAGUCAAACUUCUCCGAAAAUCUGGAGCAAAUGACCAAGACUUUAUGAAUGAAAUAGCAACUUUGGGAAGGAUCCACCAUGUGAAUGUGGCGAAACUAGUUGGAUAUUGUGCACAAGGCUCCAAGCGGGCCCUCGUCUUUGAUUUCAUGCCGAAUGGUUCUCUUGAAAAGUACCUCUUCAAUCGAGAUAAAAUGGAUUCCUUAAAUUGGGACACAAAGUUUGAUAUUGCAGUUGGAAUAGCUCGAGGAAUUGAGUAUUUGCAUCGAGGGUGCGACAUCCAGAUUCUGCAUUUUGACAUCAAGCCUCAUAACAUACUCCUUGAUGAUAAGUUCAUCCCUAAAAUAUCUGAUUUUGGACUAGCAAAAUUUUGCUCCACGGAUAAGAAGACUGUGACAAUGACUGCUGCUAGAGGAACCAUAGGGUAUGUUGCUCCUGAACUCAUUACCAGAAGUAUUGGGGCAAUCUCUUACAAGGCCGAUGUGUAUAGUUUCGGGAUGCUAUUGAUGGAAAUGGUGGGCUUAAACAGAGACUUGAGAGGAAACAAGGGCGGUUCUAGCCAACAUUUUCCAUACUGGAUAUAUGACUACUUUGAGCAGGGAAAGGAUAUAGAUUUUGAUAAAGAUGAGAAUGAUGGUACGAGGAAGGUUGCUCGAAAGAUGACAAUAAUUGCACUAUGGUGCAUACAGAUGAGCCCAGAUGAUCGUCCUUCAAUGAGUAAAGUACUGCAAAUGCUGGAAGGUGAUGUUGAACGUCUGCAUGUUCCUAAUUAUCCAUAUGAAUCAACGCAAAUUGUAGUGAAUGUUGAUCAAUCCGAAUUCACAUGUUCCUCUGAUCAGGAGUGAUGGACUGUGCAAACAGUGCUUAAGUGUGCACUUUGUUUAGAGAUUUAGUUUACCAUUUUCCGUAUAGUUUAGUGUAAUUCCCAUCGAUUUUGCAAGUUAGUUAUAUGACUAGUGAAUUAAUGUUCCUGUGUGUCGACCAUAUGGUUUAUGUGUAUGUACCUCUGAAUUUAUUAAUAGAUUCUUAUAU